AUCGCGUGGAGGGUGCAGGACAUUUCGGUGCUCUUCUGUAUAAGACCGGGGUGUGGGCAGGGGUGGCCAGCGGUGGCAGAGAAAUGUCUUUUCUGCAAAAGGAAGGUGGGUAGAUUGGAGAAAGACUGAGAAAGGGUGGAUGUGGAAGCCAAACAGCUGCACUCCCAUUUAGGAUAUCGCGGACUAUUUGCAUAGUGUGUGGUUGCAUGCCUAAUACUACUACAGCAUCUCUGAAAACACCUUUGGGGUAAGGUUUGGUUUCUCCUCUCCAGCAGCCUCAGUGUUUUUCCUUGCCGGAUAGGGAGCUGCUUGGAUGCAAAGAGAUGGCAUGAUGUGAAUGACUCCAGUGUGAAGAAGUCUGCUUCGCCAAAUCAUCCUGCAUCAAGUGCCCAUUGGAUAGCACUGUCACUUUAAUGUCUCCAUGCCAAGGGAUUGCUUUCCUUCUUUUCAAUCCUCUCGGUUAAUACACGGGAGGAUCAGAAUCAGAGGGGCAUUAAGGAUCAAGCUUUGGGGGCUUGGAGAGCACAGAAGAAAAAUAUGAAAGGGACAAGCUGGAUCCUGUUUUACUGAGGGGGUGAGAUCCGGAACCAUUAAAUAGAAGGGGGCCUUUGCAUUUCUGUUCUGCCCCAGAAAACUGUUCAAACUCACACACCCUUUAAAAGACUAGAGUCAGACGUUUUUAAAAGUAUUUUUGAAGGGGGAAGUUUAAACAUUUUCCUAAGAAUCGAUGCUCUUUAUUACCAACCAUUUCGAUCAUGUAUAAAGUAAUGAGACAAAGAUCCUAAAAUUGGUCUGUGCCUUAACUGAGUUAGUCAUUGAACAUCCAAAAGUAUUCCUGCCGGAAGAGAGGAGUUUUAAUAACAUUUUCUAUGCAGACAAUAACUUUCUCAGUUUUUAAAACAGAACACAUAUUUUACAAAAAUUGAAAAACAUUUUUUUUCCCUCUGAACACUGUGGGCAGUGUAAACUAUUUGGUUCUGGAAAAAUGCAUCAUUAUUUUCUUUAUUUGAAAUAGAAGACUCAGCCUGAAUAUCAAGGCUGAAGCGUGAAGUGGUUUGCAACAGUUAACCUGGCUCCAUCUCAAUUCAGCUGGAUCAAGCAGAGACUUGCAAAGGGAUCUCGAGUCCAGUGUCAGUGGAGAGACCCAAGAAUGCCAGUCAAGAAGAAAGAUACUGAUCGAGCUUUGUUAUUACUGGAAGAAUACUGCAAGAAACUAAGAAAACCUGAGGAGCAGCUGUUGAAAAAUGCUGUUAAAAAGGUGAUGAGCAUUUUUAAGAGCAGCUUGUUUCAAGCCUUGCUGGAUAUUCAAGAAUUUUAUGAGGUGACAUUAUUAAAUUCUCAUAAAAGCUGUGAGCAGAAGAUAGAAGAAGCCAAUCAAGUUGCACAGAAAUGGGAGAAAACCCUCAUCCACAAUUCAUGCUGUGAUGGUCCACAAAAAUCUGGAGAGCUUACAGGUUGCAGUGGACCAAAGGAAAAUAUUUCAUACAUUGAGCAAAAUAAAGAAAACCAGUGUUUUGAGGAUGAAACUGAAGAAAAAACAUGUCAAAACCAAGGCAAAUGCCCAGCCCAGAACUGUUCAGUGGAAGCUCCUGCAUGGAUGCCUGUCCAUCAUUGUACCAAGUAUCGAUACCAAGAUGAGGACGGUCCACAUGAUCAUUCCUUGCCUCGGCUAACUCAUGAAGUAAGAGGUCCAGAACUGGUGCAUGUAUCGGAAAAGAACCUCUCGCAAAUAGAAAAUGUCCACGGAUAUGUCUUACAGUCUCACAUUUCUCCUCUGAAGGCUAGCCCUGCUCCUAUAAUUGUCAACACAGAUACUUUGGACACUAUUCCUUAUGUCAAUGGAACAGAAAUUGAAUAUGAAUUUGAAGAAAUUACAUUGGAGAGGGGAAAUUCAGGCCUGGGAUUCAGUAUUGCUGGAGGGACAGAUAAUCCCCACAUUGGAGAUGACCCUGGCAUAUUUAUUACGAAGAUUAUUCCAGGAGGUGCUGCGGCAGAGGAUGGCAGACUCAGGGUCAAUGAUUGUAUCUUGCGGGUGAACGAGGUUGAUGUGUCCGAGGUUUCCCACAGUAAAGCAGUGGAGGCCCUCAAAGAAGCGGGGUCUAUUGUGCGGCUGUAUGUGCGUAGAAGACGACCCAUUUUGGAGACUGUCGUGGAAAUCAAGCUUUUCAAAGGGCCGAAAGGUUUAGGCUUCAGUAUUGCUGGAGGUGUGGGGAACCAGCACAUUCCUGGAGACAACAGCAUUUAUGUAACCAAAAUUAUAGAUGGUGGAGCUGCACAGAAGGAUGGAAGGUUGCAAGUAGGAGACAGACUACUAAUGGUAAAUAACUAUAGUUUAGAAGAAGUUACCCAUGAAGAGGCUGUAGCGAUAUUGAAGAACACAUCCGAUGUUGUUUAUCUAAAAGUUGGCAAACCCACCACCAUUUAUAUGACUGAUCCUUAUGGCCCACCUGAUAUUACUCACUCUUAUUCUCCACCAAUGGAAAAUCAUCUGCUGUCUGGUAACAAUGGCACGUUAGAAUACAAAACUUCCCUGCCACCCAUCUCUCCAGGAAGGUACUCACCAAUUCCAAAGCACAUGCUGGUUGAAGAUGACUACACCAGGCCUCCGGAACCUGUUUACAGCACUGUGAACAAACUAUGUGAUAAGCCUGCUUCUCCCAGGCACUAUUCCCCUGUUGAGUGUGACAAAAGCUUCCUCCUCUCAGCUCCCUACCCCCACUACCACCUAGGCCUGCUCCCUGACUCUGACAUGACCAGUCAUUCCCAGCACAGCACUACGACUCGUCAGCCUUCAGUGACUCUCCAACGGGCCAUCUCCCUGGAAGGGGAGCCCCGCAAGGUAGUCCUUCACAAAGGCUCCACUGGCCUGGGCUUCAACAUUGUGGGCGGGGAAGAUGGAGAAGGUAUUUUUGUAUCCUUCAUUCUGGCUGGUGGACCAGCAGACCUGAGUGGGGAGCUCCAGAGAGGAGACCAGAUCUUAUCGGUGAAUGGCAUCGAUCUCCGUGGAGCCUCUCAUGAGCAGGCAGCUGCAGCACUGAAGGGGGCUGGGCAGACGGUGACAAUCAUAGCACAAUAUCAACCUGAAGAUUACGCCCGAUUUGAGGCCAAAAUCCAUGACCUACGAGAGCAGAUGAUGAACCACAGCAUGAGCUCCGGGUCCGGGUCCCUUCGAACCAAUCAGAAACGCUCCCUGUAUGUCAGAGCCAUGUUUGACUAUGACAAGAGCAAAGACAGUGGGCUGCCUAGCCAAGGACUUAGUUUUAAAUAUGGAGACAUUCUCCAUGUUAUCAAUGCCUCUGAUGAUGAGUGGUGGCAAGCCAGAAGGGUCAUACUAGAUGGGGACAGUGAGGAGAUGGGUGUCAUUCCCAGCAAGCGAAGGGUGGAAAGAAAGGAGCGUGCCCGAUUGAAGACAGUGAAGUUCAAUGCAAAACCUGGUGUGAUUGAUUCAAAAGGGUCAUUCAAUGACAAGCGUAAAAAGAGCUUCAUCUUUUCACGAAAAUUCCCAUUCUACAAGAACAAGGAGCAGAGUGAGCAGGAAACCAGUGAUCCUGAACAACACGUCUCCUCUAAUGCCAGCGAUAGCGAAAGUAGCUGCCGAGGACAAGAAGAUCUCAUUCUUUCCUAUGAGCCCGUCACAAGGCAGGAAAUAAACUACACCCGGCCAGUGAUUAUCCUGGGCCCUAUGAAGGAUCGAAUCAAUGAUGACUUGAUAUCUGAAUUUCCUGAUAAAUUUGGCUCCUGUGUGCCUCAUACUACGAGGCCAAAGCGUGACUAUGAAGUCGACGGCAGAGACUAUCACUUUGUCAUUUCUAGAGAACAAAUGGAGAAAGAUAUCCAAGAGCACAAAUUUAUAGAAGCUGGCCAGUACAACGACAAUUUAUAUGGAACCAGUGUGCAGUCUGUGAGAUUUGUAGCAGAAAGGGGCAAACACUGUAUACUUGAUGUAUCGGGAAAUGCUAUUAAGCGGUUACAAGUCGCCCAGCUCUAUCCCAUCGCCAUCUUCAUAAAGCCCAAGUCUCUGGAACCUCUGAUGGAGAUGAAUAAGCGUCUAACAGAGGAGCAAGCCAAGAAAACCUACGACCGGGCAAUUAAGCUAGAACAAGAAUUUGGAGAAUAUUUUACAGCUAUUGUUCAAGGAGACACCUUAGAAGAUAUAUAUAACCAAUGCAAGCUUGUUAUUGAACAGCAGUCUGGGCCUUUCAUCUGGAUUCCCUCAAAGGAAAAGUUAUAAAUUAGCUACUGCACCUCUGACAACGACAGAAGAGCAUUUAGAAGAACAAAAUAUAUAUAAUAUAAUACUUGGAGGCUUUUAUGUUUCUGUUGCAUUUAUGUUUUUGCAGUCAAUGUGAAUCCUUAUGAAUGUACAACACAAACUGUGUGAAGCCAUGAAGGAGACAGAGGGGCCAAAGGGUGGGACGGAAAAGACAUUGCAGUAUGCAGGAAGGCUUUGGUUUGCUCAAAGUACCAGGUGUAGGGAUGAACCUCUGAAGAGCUCUCUGCCCUAGAGAUGGCCAGCCUUCUCACCCCAGCAGAUGUCCAGAGCUGAUUUAGCUGCUGAGCUCUCUGUGUUUUUUGCUUUAAGAAAAGUUGCCAGCACUCAAACCUCACCAACCUUCCCCUUCCCCACCUCUGUAAUUGGUACACUUGGAAUUUUAUAACUAUGCACAUCCUUUGAUUUCUUAACAAGCAAAGGAAAUAAGGAAACCAGAAAAGAGUCACUCUGGAGACGGCAUACUAUCAGGGGAGGAUGAUUGCUUAGUUUCCUUGGCUGGCAUGUGCAAAGACAAGUGUGCCGUAAAAUUGAUGACUUGUGUGGAGGACUAACCUUACUGAGGAGGGGAUUCCACCUGGACUAGCUUUAUGAUUGUCGAUUGUCUAUUUUGCCAUUUAUAAACUGAAAGAAGGCACUAAAGAUGAGAAUAAUUUAUACAAUAAAAUAUAUUAAAUGUAUAGAAAUGAAUUUCUAUAGGUUAAAAGUUUUGUGAACUAUUUUGUAAAGACUAAAAUACCAUUGAAAGACUAAAUGUACGCACUCUCAGCAGACGAUCAAAUUCAAGAAUCUGAGGCCGCACUCCCGUUUGUUGCCGAUGAUCCAUUCAGAGCAUCUGAGUUCCCUCCAGGUCUGACAAAGACUUCCCCCUCACUCACCUCCCUCCUCGCCCAUGCGCACUAGUACACUAGCGAUACACUCUUAUGGAACACAUACCUUAAUAAGUUACCUUCAUGGAUAUUUUUGGAAGAGACGUUUUGUUACUUUUUUUUUAAAGCCGAUUGCUGUUCAGAGACAAACUCAUGCAAAUCAUCAAAAGGGGACAAAUGCUUUCCUCCAGUUAAAUAGCCUGAGCCAACCAUGGAGAUAGACAAAUUCAACUUUGUUCCUAGUCACUUACAUACAGUUCAAGAACCAUUCAGUAUUCUGGCAAACCAUAAGUCAUUAGGAUUAUCUUUUCUUUGUUUCACAGAGCAACUGAGUGUUUUGUAACAGAGCCCAAUUUGGCAUUACAGGGGGAGAUCUGUCCUAAGAUGCACUAUUUCUCUGAGGAAGAGAAAAAAGAGAAGUUAUCUAGUUGGGAGUGGUGAGGGAUGCGCUUUUCUUGGUUCAGAAUAUAGGGUAAAGAGAACCACAAAGCAAGGAUGAUUAUGACUUUGAGCUCAACCAAUUGAACUGCCUUCCUUAGGGCUGCACCUGGACCAAGUUCAUUUUUCUAACAAUUAUAAUAAUGAUUAUUUAUUAUUCGGGAGCGGGGAAAAAACCCUUCCGAAGCCUAUACGCUGAAACAUAAGAGUUAGCUUCCCACUUUAGCGCUGAUGGUGACGUCAGCACUGGUUCUGCCCAAGGUGUUCAAAGAGAGACUUUUUAGUGUUAUUAAUAACUACUCAUAUCUGGGUUCUAUGCAUGCCCAGACAAAGCCCCAUCGCCUUAUUUCUGGGGUACAUCAAGACCUGGCAGGGAUUCUGCCACACUGUGCAGCCAACCAGCAUGUAAGCUGGAGUACAAGAACAAAAGACAGAACCAUCAGAGUGAUGGGGCUUCUCAGUUAGAACAUCGGGGCUUAAAACCGAGAGUCUCUUUCCAAAAUCAAGGGUUAUUCAUACCAUCGUCUGCCUAGCUGCAGUCACCAAAACAAACAUUAAAAUGCAAAAGUAUGCAUCUACCUAUAGUUUUGAGGCUGCCUUUGCCAAUGAAAGGGGUAGCAAGCAGCCAUGCAUUUUUCCCCCUCAUAUGAAAAUUCAGUUUUCCAGAGAUAGCCUUAGAGGGCUCAAAACAUUAAAAGAUGUGUCCAUGUCUGCAACUCACCAGUUUCAGGUCAAGGCCAACUUCCAUCAAUAUUGCUCUCAGAAGUUUUCUGCCACUAGAAUGCCAUUCCUGAUCCCAGCUCUCUUUAUAGGCCGCCAUGAUAACUUCUUUGGUUUCUCCACUGAGCAUGCAACCAUUUACCUUAGAGGACUGUCAUUAAUGAGUAGAUGUUUUCUCCAGUUGUGUGAUGUGCUUUCCAUUGGAUAGUAUUGCUGUGGCUGAGUACAAUCAAAUUGAACCACAAACCAUUGGUUUUGUAGUAAUAUAAUUAUUUAUUUUCCCAGUGUAGAUGCUUCCAGAUUGGCAUUAGCACUGAUUUUUUAUGUAGAUUUAUAUAAAUAUAUAUACAUAUAUAUUUGCUUGAAGAAUCACCAAGCACAUUGGUGAGAGGGUCUUUUCCUGUAGAAGUCACACAUCCAUUCUGUUGUGUCGUCUUGCACUUCCCAAUGUUGAGGUCUCUAUGGCUCCAAAGAACUGGUGUAUUUUGCAGCAAAUCCGAUGACAUAUAUGGAAAUGGCAUGAAAGUCACCCAGAUCACAUCUGGUGCAAAUGCACCUGGAGCCUUGGGCCAGACUGGUGCUAACACUGCAAACUUUGUCCGGAGCUCUCUCCAAUCUGAAGGCUCGCAGGGGGGCACAGUGUCACCUUCACAUGCUGGGCCCUUUCGGAAAAGUGCCAGAUCGUGUCACUGGUGCUAUUUUUCAUGCUCUGGUACAAUGUGUAGCACCAUGGGGGUCUCAGCUUUACCAAAACCGAAAUCCCACCUUUCAGCCAAUUAUUGCUGAGGCAUUUGCUGGUUGCUCUUUUCCAUGAGAUUGAUGGCCUAUUUAUUCUUUGAAGGCCUUUUCUCCCAGACCCAAAUUCAGGGGUUGGCUCUAUCCACUUGGCAAGGCCAUCUAGAUGAAGCUGCACUCGGGUGCCUCUGUGAGCUGUCUUAGAUCCUACUGCCAGCCCUUCAGGACUGAGCCAAGGAGUGCUCUGUACACCUCUGGCUCUCACUUGUUUCUUCCCCUCAUUUUUUCUACCACUUCCAUUCUCUCAUCAGCUCUGUCAUUUCGACCCUCUCCUUUUAUCCUCCCUGGGUCGUGGACCUUGCCCCUCCUCCCUCCUCUUUCUUUCUCUGUCCAUCUCUCCUUUACCACCAUCUCCUGUUCUCCUCCUUAUUCCUUCCUCCCAAACUUACCUGCCCUCUUCCCUCCUCACAUAGCUCUGAUCAUCGCCACACCCCACUCUUUAGUUUUCCUGUCCUAUAAAGGGCUCAUGGCUGAUUCAGACAGCAAGUCCACACAAUGGACUAACGACACAAAUACUUGGGGUCACCAUUUUACUUACUCAGCCCAGAAAGCAAAGCUGAGUGUGAGGCCUGACCUGGAGCCAGCCUGCACCACUGCCCUGGCAGUGCUGAUGCAAGAGCUGUGGGCCCCUGGCACCUGGAAGCCUCUGCCUGGACCUGUCUCCAGGAACUCCCUCCCAGCCCCACCCAGGCUGAGGACGCUUUGUUUUAACAGAGGCAAACUCUGGCCCCAACAACUAUUGUUAACAAACCUCACUGAAGCCAUGACACCGCCCUGGUUUGGAGAGAGAGAUCCCCCUACUUUCUUUUUCUCACCUCCAUGUGAAGCCCCCCUCUGCUUUUCAGCUGGUGAUUGCUCUGGUGAGAUUGGAUGGACUUGCUAGUGAAAGGACAUCUUUCCUGUCUUGGUCCUGCCUAAAAUUUCUACAAAAUGCAUUUAAGCCCAGGACUAAGGCUAGUUCCUAAAUUUAUUACACUAAUGAGUCACUCCUGGGGAGGCAUCAGCUUCCUUAAAGCAUGUGGAGUAUCUCCUGUGACAACAGAUUUUCCAGGACACUCCAUAGAGAAUUCUGUGGAUCUGCAUUAAUUAAGUGUACGGUGUAGAUGGUAUGCAUACCAUGUAUACACAUUACAUGAGGUAUGAUUCAACAUGGUUGGAAACACAUACACACUUCAGUCUGUAAAUAUCCUUCCUCACUGAAACCUGUGCUUCAGAAAUCAUUUCUUGUACAGCUGUGCAGUUUCUUGUAGCAGCUGAAGACAAGCUAAGACAGGCAGAAAAUUUAGACAAAGAUCAGCUAAAAGAGUGCAGUGUCUCCCUCGCAGCUCAUGUGGACAGACAACCAAAUGGCAAGGUUGACUUCCCGAUGGGAUGGAAAACUUUUCUUCUUUUCAAAUUUGUGUUUCCUAAGUGUAUCUUAACUUCUGAGUGCACCAGGUUGUACCCAUUAGAUCCUUUUACUAUGACAAUUCUGUGCUUCUCUCUGACAGGAUGUUUCUCCAUCAAGCUGUAACGCAGGAUGGGAGGGGAGGGAGGGAGGGGGAAUUACUCCUUGCCUGGCUGGAGUUUACAGAGAAUCUGCACAGCUUACACUCCUGUUAAGUGUAAAUAUUCAACACUUCCAUUCCAUUUGUGUAAAAAAAUAAAGCACACACGAUUAUAAAAUCAAGAUGUAUAUUUCA